AUGGGCGUCAAUUUGACGCCUUCUGACACGCUGCACCUUGCUAGCAUCCGUUCAACCUACUCAGUCCCAUCGCCUGAUUCUCUCGAGAGGACUCCAUUGGUAUGGCCAACUUUCAGUGGGACAAUCGCGAACAAUUCAUCAGCCUCAUCCACCUCCUAUCCCUGCGCAACGGCGGCCAGUUUGAACCGAACGAGGAUGAAGCAGAUGAAAGAGUAGAGAUUGACAUCGAUAUCCACUGGAAUAAACACUCCGUUGGGGAUAGCAAAGAAGACAAACUCAAGCAGCACUUUUUAGACAGGUUUGCAGAAAUGAUGUCGAGGAAGAAGGGUGGAAAACAUGUCUGCUGUGCAGCAUUCCGCGAGUCUGGAGAUCGAUGCCUCGACAAGGACGUCAAGAUCUCCUUGUUGGUUGCUCGCAAUACCAAUUUCGGGGAUCUGGACAGGGCAUUCCGUAGCAGGCUUGAAGGGUUGCUUGCCACUAUUGGUGCAUCUGUUCAUGGAGAGCAAUACGAUACAUCUGCGGUCAAAGAGGAGCUUUGGGAGGAACUGUUAUGUUAUAACCAACCUCGCCUCAAUUUUUAUGCAGCGAGGUUGCGCGACAACUUGAAUGCAUUCAAGAAUGCUGGAUCCCUCGCCAGCAUCCCUCCCUAUAGGAUCGGGUCUACCACUUUCUGUGACAAUCCUGGUAUUGGUGGUUACUCUGCGGACACUCAUGCCGUCUACAUGAGGCUCGCCCAGGAGCGUAUUCUCGAACUUGACAAUAUUUUGUGCUCCAGCGACGGAGCAGCCCAGCGGCGCCUUCUCGCCGAGCAUACCUAUUCCAUCCGACGCAUGGCAUCUCUGAGGAUACUGAUCAACUCCUGUCCCAAGGCUUCUGUUGGGCAUAAGCUCCUCCGCGACAUUUGCUUCUUGGGCCGUUUGAAAUCUUGCCUUUUUACACUCGUGAAAGGAGCACUGUGUAUCCCAGGGUUUGCCCAGCUAUCUAUAAUUCUCGUAGAGAACCUCCAACCCCGUUCUCUCUCAUGCAAAUUACCCCCUUUGGUGGAUGCGAUGCGACACCUUGGUCAGACCUUGAGUACACUCAGCGUCGGGAAAUAUAUCAGCAGAAAAUUGAACGUCACCAAGGCAGAACGGAGGUUCACGCAACUUCAGAGCAAAGUCUCUCGGAAGCCUCUUCCCACUCACGCCGAUCUUCAGCUCAUCCUCUACAUCACGAAGACCGCAUACGGUGAAAGCAUGUACAAGGAAAUAUACCCGUAUAUCGGAUGUAGCAAGCUAUCUUGCUUCCUUUGUGCUGCGUUCAUCAAGUACUUUUCUCUGGGUGGCGUUACAUUUAGAACGCGUGGUAGUCAUGGAAAGAUCUACCCUCGAUGGUGCAUCCCGAAGAUGGAUGGAUUGCAUGGCGACAUGGUUAUGGCUCUCAAUUCUGCGUUGGAGAGGAUGCAACACUUACUACACGGCGAGUUCAUGAAACCUAUCAUAACAGUUGCUUAUCUCCCCGAAUCAUCUGCUGGAGUUACAGAUGAUGCAGAUGAUGCAGAUGAUACAGAUGAUAUAGAUGUUGAGUAGACUUGCCUUCACUCGGUAUACCGCGCAGCUAGAUUUCCUUCUCUUUGUGCGUUCUCCUUACUCUGUUUCUCUGACCACGUGUAGCCACGUCACUACGUGAUUUUACGGAAAUUCUCCCUUUUCGCUGGGUCCACCUCGUACCUUUUAGGCUGAAUAUCGUGUCCGUUUUGUCAUAUUUGUCAGCUAGGCUUGUAAAC